ACCGGAAGAGAGAAGGUGGACUCACACGUGGGUACGGUGCUCCAAUGAGAGAUCGGUGGGCGUGACCGGAAGAGAACGGGGGAGAGCGCACACGUGGGUCCCGGUGCUUUUCAGAUCAUGUCCGGCCUGUUCAUCAAGAAGCGAGCGGAGAAGAAACGGGGGGAGGGGAACGAUGGAGACGCGCAGAAGAAAAAGAAGAAGAAAAUGGUGCAUCUGCGGGAGGAGAUCGAGAGCGACUCCGACACCGAAGUAGCCCCGCCCCGCAGGAAGCGGGAGGAGGAGCAAGAAGAGGUGGAGGAGACGGCGCAGGAGAAAAAGCUGCGAUUGGCCAAGGAGUAUCUGCAACAGCUGCAGGCGCAGGAGGAGGAGGGACUUGAGGACGAGGGCCUGGACGCCGUAGCCAGCCGCUUACAGGAUGAUGUGCUUGAACAGCGAGGGAAACUUCAGCGUAAGCUCGCCAAAGAGUUGCUGCCUCCAGAUCCCUCAGAGUUCCGCCUCCUCCGCGGUCACCAGCUCCCCAUCACCUGUAUUGUCAUCACUCCGGACGAUCAGCACGUCUUCUCCGCCUCCAAGGAUUGUUCCAUCAUCAAAUGGUCGGUGAGCGACGGGAAGAAGGUGCACAAGAUUCCCGGCGGGCGGAAGGGCUGCGAACAGACGCAUGUGGGGCACACGACGCACAUCCUGUGCAUGGCGGUGUCAUCGGACGGGAAGUACUUGGCCUCUGGUGAUCAGAAUAAAUUGAUCUUCAUCUGGAACGCCGAAACCUGCCAGAAUCUUCACAAGUUCCCGGGACACAGAGGAGCCGUGUCUGGACUCUCCUUCCAGAAAGGGACUUACCAGCUGUUCAGCGCCUCCCACGACCGAUCCAUCAAAGUCUGGAAUGUCGCAGAGAACUCCUACAUAGAGACGCUUUUCGGCCACCAGGAUUGUAUCACCGGACUGGACAGCCUGAGCCGAGAGCGCUGCGUGACGUCCGGGGGAAGAGACGGGACCGUCCGGGUGUGGAAGAUCGCAGAGGAGUCGCAGCUUGUCUUCAGCGGGCAGGAGGGUUCUAUAGAUUGUAUCCAGUUGAUAAACGAGGAGCACAUGGUGUCCGGCGCGGAUAACGGAUCCAUCGCGGUGUGGCACGUGUCGAAGAAGAAGCCCCUCGCUCGGGUGAAGUGCGCACACGGGAAGCGCGGGGAACCCGGCCUGGAGGAGCCCCAUUGGAUCUCGGCCGUGUCUGCGGGGCUGAACAGCGACGUGGUCGCCUCCGGAUCUCAUGACGGCUCCAUACGUUUGUGGCAGUGCGGCGAGGGAUUCCGGGGUCUGCACCCCCUCUUCACUAUUCCCCUGGUCGGGUUUGUGAAUUGUCUCCAGUUCUCGAGUACGGCGGACUUUCUGGUCGCUGGAGUCGGCCAAGAACACAGACUUGGACGUUGGUGGCGGAUGAAAGAAGCCAAAAACGGGUUGUACAUCAUCCCCUUCAAGAGGAAGCAGCCGCAGAGUGAAGGAUCCUGAGAGUUCUGAUGUCGGACGUUCUAUUUUUUUCCUGUUCAGAUGUUUAAUUAUUCAGAUUUGUAUUACAUAAAAAGUUUUGUAAAAGUGAA